GCCUGAAACUGACCGUGUCAGUGUUGUGGAGGCGAUGGCAUUAUGGAGUGGACCGACGGCGCCGGAUGUUGUGUUUCUGGAGCCGGUCAAAGUCCUUCAAUUGCUGGCCAUGUUUCAUCUAUAUUGCCCGUGGCACAAGGGCUCGUGCCGUGUGUCUGUGGAGCCCGUCUCUUAUCCAGCGCAGCUCUGUAAGUUGACGUUCGUAUGCGACAAGAAAUGCAAAUGGACGUGGCACACGACACUCGUGACCACGAACGUCUAUCAGUCGCGACUGCAGCAGCAGCUCUUUCAUGCGACGGUCACCACCGGCCUUACGUUCAUGCUCCUCGACAAUUUUUAUGUUCGUUUAGGGAUGUGCUCGGUGCACAAACCCACGUUUUACAAGUUAAUGCACACAGAACCGGGGGAGGCAGAGGGGUGGAAUGCCAAGGUCAUACAGCAGGGCAUUAAAUAUUGCGAGCUUGCCAUUGACACUGUGAUGCGCCGUGGUGAGCCAGUGACAUUGAUGGUCGAUGGUCGAUAUCACUCUGCCAGAGGCGCGCAGCAUUGCACUGUCACUGCGAUGGAGUACGAGACCCGGCUUGUUGUGGGUGUGCACACUCUCCGUCCGAAGAUCGAAGGCAGGGCGUCGAAUGCGCUUGAGAUGCCAGCCGUCGUGCAACUUUUGCGAGGGCUGAUGGAGAAGGGGUUGACGAUCCGGUGCAUUGUCUCGGAUGAUUGUGUCGCGCUGGGACCGCAGUUGUGAGCUCUGAACAUCGAGUGGCAGAAGGAUUGCCACCACAAAAUAAAAAACAUUCGCAAGC